GGACGAUUCAGGCAGGGAGGCUGACUCCAGUGUGUGUCCUGGGAGAGCAAUGAGCAGCUGAUCAGAUGCACACACAGGACCUAGUGCUGGGAGAAGGGGGCUGGCAUGGAUUGUAUGGCUGCUGCUGCUGCUGCCUGAAGAACAAAGCAUGGAAGAAGAGGAAGGAGCAGCCUGGAGCUGGCACUGUCAACACAAUGAGAAAAUGAUAAAGAGGCAGAACUCAAGGCUGGCUGCAGUUCAGAAUGCAGGUCUCUCGCAGGACUCUACUCCUAUAUCAUGAUCAAGGAUCCUUUGCUAGGACAGAGCUGAGCCAUGACAGUGGGAUCAAAAAGUCUAUGGCUCUGUAGCUGCGACUGGAAGCCGGCUGUGGUUGGUUGCUGCUGACUUUGUGUUUACCGCAGGACCGGAUUGCAUCACCGAGAAGGAGAUUAAGACAAGGAGAAUAAGCUCAUUCAGUCAUUAUCACCGGGCUGUGACAAGCAUGGGAAUAACGGGAAAGCUUUCUUUUGAGGGGGUAAUGCCUACAAGUCUGUAGACUAUUAGCAGAAGCUAGGAAACUAAGAGCUAGUGGUGCCAUUGGCUAAAAAGGCUGCACCACUCCAAAGUACGUCAUAGCCUAGGCUGUCAAUGAGAUGAAUAUAAAACCAGCAACACUGUAUACACUGCAGGCAAACUCGGGGCUAACACUUAUAUGUUGGAAUGGAAAAAUCCUUCAACGGAGAUCCGAAAACUUUCCAAGCUCAACUUUUAUGUCCCAUAGAAUAAUUUUCUUAUUGUUCAUUUUCGUAAGUUUUUUUUUUUUUUUUUUUAAUCUAAAUUACCUCUUUGCUAUCACUUUUAGGUCAAGUGAUUUGAAGCAACUUUUUGAAAUAAAAAAUAAAACUGAACAAAAAACAACAAUACUCUAAACAUUGGCAUUGCCAUGGCAGGAAAGUGCGAUUUCAUUGCCAACAUGUACGGCUACGAUUUGGGAGGCCACUUUGUAGACUUUAAGCCAUUGGGUUUUGGGGCCAACGGUCUUGUCCUCUCCGCAACCGACUGCAAGAAUUCCCGAAAAGUGGCCGUGAAAAAGAUCACCAUUAGCGAUUGCCGGAGCAUGAAGCACGCCCUGCGGGAGAUCAAGAUCAUCCGACGUCUCAACCACGACAACAUCGUGAAGGUGCACGCGGUGUUGGGACCCAGUGGGGCUGACCUUCAGGGAGACCUUUUCAGAUGCAAGGUGGUUUACAUCGUUCAGGAACACAUGGAGACGGAUCUUUCUCGGUUGUUGGAACAAGGGCCGCUUAGCGAGGACCACGCCAAGCUUUUUAUUUACCAGCUCCUACGGGGUUUGAAGUAUAUCCACUCGGCCAAUGUUCUCCACAGGGAUCUGAAGCCGGCCAAUAUCUUCAUCAGUACGGAGGACCUCGUACUCAAGAUUGGAGACUUCGGAUUGGCUCGUAUUGUGGACCAGCAUUACUCACAUAAGGGUUAUCUAUCAGAAGGACUAGUCACUAAGUGGUAUCGAUCUCCUCGCCUUCUCCUCUCACCUAACAACUAUACCAAAGCCAUUGAUAUGUGGGCGGCCGGGUGCAUACUAGCAGAAAUGCUAACAGGGCGGAUGCUUUUUGCAGGCUGAGAAAAGGGAAAGCAGCAACAUGGAUGUGAAGUUUUAUACUUAUACUCUUCAGUGAUGCUAAAACCAGACAUCAUGAAAUACUUAACCCUCAAGUGACAGCCAAUUGGUGGUUUGACUUAUGUCCACUGCAAAAUGAAGGGCAGGAGAUUCUCCUAUUAUUUGCUGUUUACUGUAAAAGAUUAAAAACAGAGAAAACUUAUUAUUAACCAAAUCAAUAGCAACAGCUGCAUCUAAGCAGUCAGACAGAAGGAAGGGCAUUGUUUGGACGAAUUGUGUUGCCUCCUUCAGUGUAGGGUACCGUAGAUAGUAUGUACAGGAGCAGGGACUCCUGUCAAAGGCAGGAGUUCCUGCUCCUGUGCACUGAGGGGCCCAGAGAUAAGCAUCUGUGGUGGCCCAGUACAGGAGUUGCACCCCUGUACCCUUGCUGCCUGGUCCGGCAGACUCCAUACAGUGACCCCUGGGCCCCCCUGCACUGGUGUUCUACCUACUCCCUUAAAUGCCUAUGUUAUACCAUAUGAUGUACAUAAAAUGUGUUAUAGCUUUAAGACCUGUUGUCAUAUGAUUGUAACCCAGUGAGGUACCAGUGACCAUGUGACCUAUGGGACCCCUCCUAGUCUCCCCCAUAUAAGCCCUGGGUGGAGCUAGCUCAUUCUCUUAUUCUCUUGUAUGCUGAGUUGCAGCCACGGAUUCUCAAGUCCAUUGCCCUACAGGUCAAGUCAAUGCCUGGUAAGCUACAGAAGGGGUGAAGUCAGUCAUAGUCUGCCAUAGUCAAGUCAGUCCAAGUCAUCCUGUCUCAAAUCAGCGUCAGCAUCCAAAUUGUCCAUGUCCACUAUAAGUUCCAGCAAGCCCUAAGGUCUCUGAAGUCACUGGUCACCUCCUUGGGCCUAGCCAAGCUGUAUAGACUGCUACACCUGUCUGACUCAGUAAAGCAGCCAUUGUUCCGUAACUUGGCGUCUGAGUCAUCAUUUGCCCCCGUGUCUAGCCCAGGAUCCAACGGUAUACCUUCGGGUGGUAUAGAAGAUAAACUUCGCCCUGGCGUCACGAACACAACGGGUUAAUGCCAUCUGCCCCUAGGGUAAUUCCAUCUGCCCUGAUCACACCCUCACCACACAUCGAUACACAUAGAAGUAAAGAAUGUGAUAGUUUGUAUAUUGUUGGUUAGAACUGAUGUGGCCCUUAUAUGUACCAAACAUGUAUUAUAUCAGGGGCCACAUUAAAGCUUCUUCUGUAUGCAAUAAUUUUAAUCUGUUUUUGUCUAAGCGCUCACUCACACUACAAAAACUGUGCCCAGAAUUUUGUGUUAUCGCCAUAGAUGAAAAUGUAUUUCUGAGCGGUCUCUGCCGAAAGAGUGAACAUUUUUAUUCAGGGUCAGGGACAGGGAAACUCCAUGGCGGGGCGUCUGCGGGGGAUAUUCCGUAGUGUGAAAGGUGCAGCAGAAUCCAAUUGGAAACUAUAGGAGGCUGCUAUACUGUAUUUUCUGCAGCAGAAUUCCACUCAGAAAAUACGUAGUGUGAAUGGGCCCUAAGGCUCUACAAAGGAGUGGGACAUAUAUUGUAUUGUUCUUUUAUUCUUUUCUUUUCCCCUCGGAAUGGCACCAUGUUGGUAUUAAAAAAUGCCAUGUCCAUUAAAUGCCAUUAAAAGAUGACAUAGUUUGGUCACAGUGUGGUAGCACAGGAUGCGCCAAAGGUGCCCUGGGACCUGAAGCUUGUGACAACAUUAAUGUCAUAUUAUUAAUUGUAAAGCAGUUUAUAGAUGUUAUAUACCACAGUUCUUGCAUUACCUUUUAUAUAGCGCUAUUAAA